UUGCUGGCAUGAUCUGGACAACACAGAGUACGACUGUUGGCCGAUCGACAAUCCAAAUGAUUACAACAUGAUUAGCUGUGGAGGUCUGGAAAUGGCCUGGGUGCAGCGUCCACCAGAGAAAAUAAGCAAUGGGGAAGAGUUCAAUGUCUCGUAUACAGUGACGGCCUCAGAUUCUUUCUACGAGUAUGCUGUCAGGAACAAGAUUUUCCAGUUUAGCGACGCAUCAGAGGCAAAGAGGUUCUGUCAAGAACACGAGUGUCCAACGCACUGGAACAACGCAAAUGAAAUGAACUGCUGUGUGUACCACGCCAACAUCCACUCCUGCCCUCUGGGCCUUAUGAAACAAGGUGGAAUCUGUGGGCCUUGGAUCCCUGAUGAUGGUAAAAUAGUGACUCACACUGUAUCCAAAGCUGGGAAGAUGACCCAGAAAUACUGGACUUCAAAGGUAGUUUUAAUCCAUCUGGGGGUCACGUCAGUCAUUGCUCACAUUAAAAUAGGACAGAUGCAUGCAGCACUGGAGUCCAAAGUGCUUGUUGUCAGUGCUCAAGUGUGUGGGGAUGAUGUCUGUGAGCUGGAGGAGACCUGUCUGAACUGUCCUGCAGACUGCGACAUAUGCCCAAUGUCCAUCGGCAUCAAAGUGGCCAUUGGACUUCCAGUCACCCUGUUCAUCACCGGCUUCAUCCUCACCAUGGUGUGGCUCCAGUAUCAGAAACAGAAAAUGUUUUGGGAUGAAAGCUGGAUCAUCAACUACAAGAACAUAAUAUUUGGGAGAGUGUAUCGCAUAGGUAUUGGCAGCACCACAAGCCUCCAGCAUGUGAAGAGUAACUCCACUGUCAGUCGAACCACUGAUGUGACCGUGUUCACUGGGGUCAACACUACCUUCAAACAAGGAUGCAUACAACCAGGAAUAUAUGAUGGGAGGACAGUGGCGGUCAAACACAUCCACAAGAAACAUUUCACCCUUUCCAAAACCAUCAGAAAGGAGGUGAAGGAAGUCAGGCAACUAGACCACCCCAAUCUAUGCAAGUUCAUUGGAGGCUCUAUUGAAGUCCCUUAUGUGAGCAUCAUCACAGAGCACUGCCCUAAAGGAAGCUUAUCUGAUGUCCUGCUGAAUGAUGAUAUACCCAUUAACUGGGGCUUCAGACUGUCCUUUGCCACUGACAUUGCCCGUGGCAUGUCCUACCUCCACCAGCACAAGACUUUUCAUGGAAGACUUCACUCCAGAAACUGUGUCAUUGAUGACCGCUGGGUGUGCAAAAUCUCAGAUUAUGGACUCACUGCCUACAGAAAGGAGGAUUUUGAAGCCACCAAUAACGGUUUCAACUGUGGGGAUGUAAACCUCAUUUACUGUGCUCCAGAAGUCCUGCUGGGAAGCAGCUCCAAUAUGACAGCAGCAGCAGACGUCUACAGCUACUCCAUCAUUCUGGUUGAGAUCGCAACUCGUUCUGACCUAAUUUUAGAUCCGUCUGAGGGAGUGAGAAUGGAUCUCAUGUGGCGCCCCCCUCUGCCUGAACUCAAAGCAGGGAAAGCAGACACUGAUUGUCCCAGUCAGGGAGACUACUGUGAGCUCAUUAAGAAGUGCUGGUCUCACAACGUCACCAUGAGGCCGACGUUCGAUCAGGUGAAGAAGAUGCUUGAAAAGAUGAACCCACACAAAGUCAGUCCAGUAGACAUGAUGAUGAACCUGAUGGAGAAGUACAGCAAACAUCUGGAGGCCAUAGUUGCUGAAAGAACACAAGACCUUCUUCAAGAGAAACAGAAAACAGAUCGACUGUUAUACAGCAUGUUACCAAAGCCGGUGGCUGAUGACCUUCGUCAAGGCCGCACAGCAGAGGCUCAGAGCUUCUCCAAUACCACUGUCUACUUCAGUGAUAUUGUCGGCUUUACUCAGCUGUCUGGUGCCAGCACACCCCACCAGGUCGUCGACUUCCUUAACCAGCUCUACACCAGCUUUGAUGACAUCAUUGACAAUUAUGAUGUAUACAAGGUGGAGACAAUAGGCGACGCUUACAUGGUGGUCUCUGGAGUCCCUAAAGAAAAUGGCAUCAAUCAUGCUGGGGAGAUAGCCAGCAUGGCUCUGGAUCUUGUCAGUGUCUGCCACACUUUUAAAAUCCCUCACAAGCCCAACACGCAGCUCAAGAUUCGUGCCGGCAUCCACUCAGGACCUGUUGUGGCUGGUGUUGUUGGGACCAAAAUGCCACGCUAUUGCCUGUUUGGAGACACUGUCAACACAGCGUCACGCAUGGAAUCAACAAGUGAAGCCCUGAAGAUCCAGGUGAGUGGGGCCACGGCUGACUUGCUUCACACACUUAGAGGAUAUAUUCUCACGUGCAGAGGGACACUCAAUGUUAAGGGCAAAGGGGAUAUGACAACAUGGUGGCUUGAGGCAAAGAAAGAAGAUUCCACGGACCCCUUGCUCAAACCAUCUGAAUUCAGAGCAGUUCCUGUACCAGUUAGUGACUAGAUCCCAUUAUGUUCUAAAAUGUAAACAUGCGUUAGGCUUCAUGUUGUUGAAUCAAAUUGUAUUCAUGUGAGCUACUUGGAGUUGGAUAAAAAUAUAGUUGCACAAAUUUAAAUGUUGGAUUGUCACUGGAUUGUCUAUUGAUUAUCAUAGUUCAGUUAAAACUAUCUGAUAAUCAUUUGUAGAAGACAUGGUCAGUCUUACUUUUUUGUAAUAGGAUCUCACAGGACAUAGUCGUGUUAUUUUUUCACUUAAAAUAUAUAUGCAGAGAAACAUGCCAGUUGAGGAAAUGCUUAUUUUAAUAGUGACUGAUAUUUUACUCCCAAAUAGCUUUGUUUGGAUGUAUAGUUUUUAUUUAAUUUUUUCACUGCCUGAAAUUUACAUAUAUAAAAUCUUCACAUUUAUGACCAAUGGACAAAACGCAAGAAAAGCACAAGUGCAAUUAAUAAACUUGCUAAUGGCUGUUUUACAUUCGAUUUUACCAUAUAAGGCUGUAGAAUUGCACAUGUUUGCUCACUGGUGGUGCUCAAAAUGAAGUAAAACUGCUAAUAUUGUUUGCACCACCUGCCCUUUUUCUGCCAUGAAAAAGUUUCCUAGAAAUUGACAUAACUGGGAACAUAACUCUUCUGUUAAAGCUACUCAGAAUUUUUAUUUGAAUUGGCAGUCCAUGCUAAUGGUGCAGGGAUUUAAUACACACAAACACUUUUGAAUAAAAUAAAAAAAUAUAUACAUUUAUCUGCGAUGGUAUUGAUAGUCUGUGGUAUUGCUUGCUUUGCCUCGUAACAUGUGCUUGAAUUGUUCUGUUCUUAUAUGCA